UCUUCUUCCUCAUCAUCAUCACAAUCAUCAUCAUCAUCACUUUUUAGCCCAUAACCCCCGCAAAUGAGAAUUAAUUGCAAUUAGCUAGCUAUCAAAUUGUUCACUUACAGGUGUAUAAUUUUGGCUGCAACAAAUUACAAAACAGUGAUGUUAUGUGAUGAAAAGGAGGUGAUGAAAAAAAUAUUUACAUUUAAUGUGUCAUAUUUCUAAUGCCAUUGCAUAGGCUACGUCACAAUUCACGUCUUCAAUGUCUAUAGAUUACGCUAGGUCAUGUAAGAUCUUUCACAUUCUGUUUAGAAAAAUGAAGGGAGGGAGACUAUGCUUCAGUGGAGACAGUAGCAGCAAGCGCAUCCGACCAACACCGCAACAGCGACAGGACAUGGCUUUGGAGGUGGAGGCAGGGUCAGAGGGUAAAGGCUAUACACCCAGCAUCCUCGAUUGUAGAGUACACAGCCAUCUUGGAUCUGCGAGGAGAAGAGAAAUUAAUGCGGUGACUAACAGCAUGUUUAGUGCUACAAGAAAGAAGUUUGUAGAGGGGGUGGAGAGUGACUACCCUGAUGAGAGUAUGUAUUACGGCCAGACAUCCAUGUUCCCGCAUCCAUCAGACAAAGACAUGCUGGCAUCUCCAUCCCCAUCGUUGUCAGGUCAAUUGUCGCAGCUUGGUGCCAGUUUAUACGGGCCACAAAGUGCCCUAGGGUUCCCUAUGAGGGGUAUGAGCAACAGCACUCCUCAGUUGAACCGUAGCUUAACACAGGGCAACCAGCUACCGAGCCACGUCACCGCAACCACCGGAGCCCCCACAAUGUCCCUCCAUACUCCGCCCUCGCCAAGCAGGGGCAUCCUGCCCAUGAACACGCGGAACAUGAUGAACCCCUCUCAGCAGGUGGGGCGCCAGGAGGUCAUGGUGGGGGGCAUGCCCAGUGGGGGCAGGACCAACAGCAUGGGCAGCUCGGGCCUGGGCAGCCCCAACCGUGCCUCUCCCAGCAUCAUCUGCAUGCCCAAGCAACAGCAGUCCCGCCAACCCUUCACCAUCAACGGUAUGUCAGGGUUUGGAAUGAACAGGAAUCCGUCGUUCGGGAUGAACAAUUCGUUAUCGAGCAACAUCUUCAAUGGAACAGACGGGAGUGAAAACGUGACGGGCCUGGACCUUUCAGACUUCCCAGCGUUAGCAGACCGGAGUCGGAGGGAAGGAGGUGGGAACCCUACUCCUCUUCUCAACCCACUGGCUGGGAGGGCCCCUUAUGUUGGAAUGGUCACCAAACCGUCAAACGAACAGUCCCAAGACUUCUCCAUCCACAACGAGGACUUCCCUGCACUGCCUGGUCCCAACUACAAGGACGCCACGUCGAACAACGACGACAGCAAAACGAAUCUAAAUUCUUCAGCCAAGACUUCCAGCAGCACAGACGGGCCCAAGUUCCCCGGGGACAAGAGCUCAACAGCCCAGAACAAUAACCAGUUGAAAAAAGGCAUACAGGUGUUACCGGACGGUCGUGUGACCAACAUUCCCGGGGGUAUGGUAACAGACCAGUUCGGGAUGAUUGGCUUGUUAACGUUCAUCAGGGCAGCGGAGACAGACCCAGGCAUGGUGCACCUAGCACUGGGCAGUGACCUGACAACGCUAGGACUCAACCUCAACUCGCCAGAAAACCUGUACCCCAAGUUUGCGUCUCCCUGGGCGUCAGCACCGUGUCGACCCCAGGACAUCGACUUCCAUGUUCCAUCUGAGUAUUUAACCAACAUUCACAUAAGGGACAAGCUUGCUGCAAUAAAACUGUCUCGGUAUGGAGAGGAUCUGCUGUUCUAUCUUUACUACAUGAACGGAGGAGACCUCCUACAGCUGCUAGCAGCAGUAGAGCUCUUCAACCGGGACUGGCGGUACCACAAGGAGGAGCGGGUGUGGAUCACGCGGGCGCCGGGCAUGGAGCCCACUCUGAAGACCAAUGCCUACGAGAGGGGGACCUACUACUUCUUUGAUUGUCUUAACUGGAGGAAAGUAGCUAAGGAGUUUCAUCUGGAAUAUGAGAAGCUAGAAGAGAGGCCCCACGUGCCAUCCACCUUCAACUACAACCCAGCCCAGCAAGCCUUCUGAGAGACUUCCUUCCCCUCGUACCCAAUCCACCAUGGGGUCCUAUACCUGGUUAGAGUUCUGGUCCCUAGCCCUGGUUACUCACAACAGACAGACGGACAGACCUACAGACAGCGAAUGCCGGUGUGGCUGGCUCAGGCAUCCUGCUUUUUAUUCCUCGACGAUCGACCAUCUGGCAAAUUGACUUUAGGCCAAAUGGAGAGAAACCCGGCGACCAUUUUGGUUCCGAGCAGGUUCUUCGUCCCCCGAACUGAAUGAUGUGCUGCCCAAUCAGACGCUGGUUUCUCUUUUUAAUCAUUUUUUUUUUCUUUUCCCUCUUUUUUUUCGGACCUUUUCCAUUUGUUUUGGUUUGUUGUCGUUUUGAAAACAUUCUGAACUUUUCGUUUUAUGCCGCAUUCUUCAGACCUCCCCAUUGGUUCACGAGGCACCAUGCCAUCAUAAUACACACACACACACCCUCUCUGACAGUGACAGAACAGACGUGUUCAAAGAACACGAUGACAUGCAAAUAAUACCUCAACACAAUGUUACUUUAGCAGAGUGGAAACCCCACAGACACACAGACAAAUAAGAGGCCAGGAGAAAAUGCAAUGUUCAUAUUGUAGCACUAUUUCGUAAAUAAAAGAACACAAAAGAUGUUUGUGUAUUUAUUAAUAUGUGAAGACAACACUGAUAAUAGUUCAGUUUGGACAUAUCAUUAACUCUCUCAAGCACAUUACAUUUGUUGUCUGUUUUAUUCCCCUCGUUAGCUCCCUUUCCACCCACCAUCCUCACCUACCCUCCCACCUCACCAUGUCACCAUUCUGUCUUUUCUCCGGGCCUUUUCUGCCUAGCAACAAUACAAUAAUUAGCCACCAAUCAGUGACAGACAACCUCCAGCUGUCCAUAUUCUGAGCCUCGCACCCUCCUUCCAGGGAUGAACAGGGCAGGAGGAAAAGAAAGAAAAGAGAACUGUCCAAGUCUUUUGUUACAAUUUUGUAAUAAAAGGACAUUUUUUAUUUUUUUCCUUAUUUUUUGAGGGGCUUACAGGCAUCACAGAUGAAUAAAAGAUAUGUAUGUUCGAUGUGUAUAUAUUAUAUAUAUGACAUCUAUUUUGGAGAAGAUUAAAAAAAAAUAAUAAUGAAGAGAAGACUAGGUAGUCGCCCGGCUGUACCUCGUUUUUAGGAGGUGAGCCCGGAGUGACGCAAUACUGGACGUACCGUACGACGUGGAUAAAACAGGACUGUUCUGGGGACCAAUGCCUGUCAACAAUAACAAUGGAUGACUUGGAUUAAAAACAGGCCUGUUUGGAUGGAGGACGACAACAACUGGUCAGGACAGGGGACCGUGCCUCACGCCCUGAACACUUUCAAUUGAACAACAACAGCAAACGACGAGGAACAACAACCAUUACAAAUAACCAAUCAAGGGCCAGAGAUUCUCAGUGAGCCAGUAAGAACACCCCAAUACCCAUGUGAUGUAGUUUUGGUGGGGGGGGAUACCAUUGGAGAAAGAUGAGGACUGAAGCACUUCACUUUGGCUGUUUUCAACAGCAGCAUUUCAUAGGAAAAGGAAAAACCCAAUAAAAAAAUAAAUAUGAUAAUGAAAAUUAAACAGUAUUGUAUUUUCUGAUCACGUUCUGGAAAAAAAGCUGCUUCUCUUUGUAAUAAAGCAGAAAGGCUUUCUCCUGUA